AUGUCCAACGCAAUCGUCGCAUCCUCUUCAUCGGCACUCGCAGGUGGAGAGAAUGUUUCUUCGUCAUCAUCCAAUUCCAAUAAUAUUAUUAAUAAUAAUAACAACACCACGACUCCUCUUGAUUCAGCUCAACAACAGCUAUCAACUCCCGAGAGUAUUAUUGGAUAUUUCUCGUCCAAGAUUACGCUUUUAAAUUUGCCAUCAUCAAACAAUAAUGAGAGUGAUAUGAUCAACGCUGCGUACAACAAGAUCACCCGAGAAGAGUUGGAGAGGAAUUUUAGCGAUAUUUCCAACAAGAUAUUAUCCAAUGACCAAGUAGCCUUUUUGGUAAAUUCUUUCUUGGUUGAUUUGUUCAUUCGUGAGAAAGUUUCUUCCGAAAGUGAAAAUCAAAUGUAUCAGAAUUAUCUCAGAGUUGCCUAUCACUUGUUUUUGCUGAACACAAAAACUGAUUCCAAAAACUCUAAUUUGGAUUUAGUUUUAUUACAACAUGUUCCAGUCUUCCUUUAUAUUUAUUUUGAAACAAAGAAUGUUUCUAAAUUAUCUGAAAUUCAAUUAUUGUUUCUAUCUAAAAUAGAAUCUAUAUUACUAUUGUUCUUUAAUACUGAAAAUAUAAAAAGAAGAGAGAUGCCUGAGAAGGAGAAGACUAUGAUUUUUUUGGCUAGCUCAAUCGAGGGUGUGAAAACCAAAUAUAAUAAUGGUGAAAAGCUGCCUUCAUUGACAACAUCAUCAAGCUCCAAGGAGUUGCAGUCAUCAUAUAAUAGUUUAAUUCUUGGAUCAUCACAUGCUAACGAAGAUUUUUUCACAGGUGUUGCUCAUAGACAACUCUAUUUAAGAAAUGAGAUGGCAACAAAUAAUGAAUCAUUGUCACCUCUUUAUUUUAGAGAUUAUGAAAUUUACUCCCCACUUUUAAAUGAAAUCAAUGAAAAAGUGUUGAGUGUUGUUUGUCAAGUAUUUGCCAGUAGACUAGAGGUUUUGCCUAAAAGCUCAAUUUUUACUUUCUUGAGAGUACUCUAUCAAUUGACAUCUCAACAAGUACCAUACAGAGUCCCAACAUUAGAACAGGUGAGCAUUAUCAAAGAGAGAAAUGCUGAAGCUAAGAAUAUCAUGGAAGAGAGCUUGAAGGUGAUUAAGGAGGAUCUCACUGGUCACUCACACAAUGAUCCUUCAAACAGCAAUGUAAAAUCUCGGACAAUAGAUGUAAUUAGCGAUCUAGACAUUCAAGUGGAUGUUGAGAAUAAUAAUUCUCAAAAAACUAAGAAGAAGAAACUAUACUACCAUGAAUAUCUAACUCAACUUGAUCAAAUCACUUUGUAUUCAGAACAUUAUGGUGAUUCACUUUUUGAAAGCCCAAGCACCAACAUCACCUCUGGAAUCUUUGGGGCAGACAGAAUAUUCCUCCAAGAAUCUUUUAUCAAUGAUGCGAUAGCAGUUCUUAAAUAUUGCGCCCACAAUAUGGAAAAGCUGACCGCAGUUUCACUCUUCAAAGAUCUUUUCUCUGUCAGUUCAAAUAAUACGAUCAAGGAUGUAAAGCCAAUCAUCAUCGAGACAUUGUAUGCUGUGUAUUUGCGACUGGUUUAUGAUUUCAUUGAUUCAAAAUCCCUAAUUCAGAUGCAAGCGAUUCUAAAGUUGUUAGAUUGA